CCUCCCCCGCGCUAGGCCAGAAUGGUGGGAUAAGGACAAGGACAAGGACACAUCAUGGCAGCGGCGGACGAGCCCUGCUACGAUGCCAUCGUCAUCGGCGCAGGCAUCCAGGGCUCCUUCGCCGCCUACCACCUCGCUGAGCGGGGCAGAGCCACCCUCCUGCUGGAGCAGUUCCCCCUGCCCCACUCGCGGGGCAGCUCGCACGGGCAGAGCCGCAUCAUCCGCAGCGCCCACGUGCAGCAGCACUACGCCCGCAUGAUGCCCGAGAGCUACCGCCUCUGGCAGCGCCUCGAGGCCCGCGCCGGCACCCGCCUCUACAGGCAGACGGGGCUGCUGGUGCUGGGGGCGCCGGGGGAGCGGCGCUUCGAGCAGUGGCGGCGGGCGGCGGCGCGGCCGCGCGGCCCGCCCGCCGCCCCCUCGCCGCAGAUGGCGGCGCGGAAGCUCCUCGUGCUCUUCGGCAGCCAGACGGGCACCGCGCAGGACGCGGCCGAGAGGAUCGGCAGGGAGGCCAGGCGGCGGCGCCUCGCGUGCCGCGUGCAGGCGCUGGACGCCUACGACGCGGCGAACCUCAUCCAUGAGCUCCUGGUGGUGUUUGUGUGUGCGACCACGGGCCAGGGCGACCCGCCUGACAACAUGAAGGUAGGAUACGUUGUUAUUGUGCAUCGGUCAUCUGCCUGCAUUUCACAGAACCCUUCAGAUGNCGAGCGGGCCCUGCGGGCCGUGCAGGAGCAGUUCCUGCGCAGCGGCGGCGUCCUGCGCGACGGUGAGAAGGUGCUGGCCGUCGAGCCGGGCUGCCCGCUCGUCGUGAGCACCGCGGGCGGCCGCUACCGCGCGCGGCGGCUCGUGGUGGCCGCGGGCGCCUGGAGCCGCGAGCUGCUGGAGCCGCUCGGGCUGUGGCUGCCGCUGCAGCCCCUGCGCAUCCAGGUUUGCUACUGGAAGGAGAAGGUGCCCGGGAGCUGCAGCCCCGAGCGGCCCUUCCCCUGCUUCAUUGCCGUGGGGCUGGCCGGGACGGCCCACGACGUCUACGGGCUGCCCUCCUGCGAGUACCCGGGGCUGGUGAAGGUCUGCUACCACCACGGCAGCCCCGUGGACCCCGAUCAGAGGGACCUCCCUGACAGCCGCCCCGACGUGUCCGUGCUGCGCAGCUUCGUGCGCCGCUUCCUGCCCGCGCUGGAGCCCGAGCCGGCGCUGCUGGAGAGCUGCCUCUACACGAACACUCCGGAUGAAGACUUCAUCCUGGACCGGCACCCCAAGCACAGCAACAUCGUCAUCGGCGCUGGCUUCUCGGGCCACGGGUUCAAGCUGGCGCCGGUGGUGGGGAAGCUGCUGUGCGAGCUGAGCCUGGGCGAGGAGCCGUCCUACAGCACGGAGCCCUUCCGCAUCGGCCGCUUCCCGGGCGCGCUCCGCGCCGCGCUCUAG